UAAAAACCUGUGAAGUGAGCUGAGUAUUGUUUUUGAUUUGAUUGGAACUAUAAUAGUCGAUCUUUCUCGAUUUAAUACAGAUUUAAAUUCAAAGGUUUCAAAAUACGCAGCAGCAACUUAUAGAUUAAGAUGCCUGUAAUUAAACUUCAAUCAUCCGAUAACGAAAUUUUUGACGUGGAUGUUGAGAUCGCAAAAUGUUCUGUAACAAUAAAGACGAUGUUGGAAGAUUUGGGCAUGGAUGAUGACGAAGAGGAAGUCGUGCCUCUACCAAACGUCAAUUCUGCGAUUCUCAAAAAGGUUAUUCAGUGGGCAACCUAUCACAAAGAUGACCCUCCAUUGCCAGAGGACGAUGAGAACAAAGAAAAACGCACCGAUGAUAUUUCAUCCUGGGAUGCGGACUUUUUAAAAGUUGACCAAGGCACAUUGUUUGAAUUAAUAUUGGCCGCUAAUUACCUUGACAUUAAGGGCUUGUUGGAUGUGACAUGUAAAACUGUAGCAAAUAUGAUCAAGGGUAAGACACCUGAAGAGAUUCGUAAAACCUUUAAUAUUAAGAAUGAUUUCACAGCUGCUGAGGAAGAGCAGGUCCGCAAGGAGAAUGAAUGGUGUGAGGAAAAAUAAACCUGAUGGUUGUUAAUUUAUUUAAAGUAUAUAAGUCCCAGGUUAGUCUUUUGGAUUAAUCUAAAACUUAGUAUUAUUUAUGUUAAAAAUAAAUACUGAAAAUUCCAUGUAAUAGUGAUGAUUGUUGUUAUAUUACAAGGCAUAUUAGACUAAUAUACAAUGUAUAAAAGACAUUGUGUUAUAAAUAUUUCAUUCAGUUUUAAAUUACUAAGUGUAUGAAAGUCUAAAUUAUCCAUAAUUAUCUUUGUGCAACAAAUAUAGCUUAUCUUUUUAUUUAAGUAUAUGUAUUCGUCACACUGCUUUGUAACAAUACCAAUGUAAGAAAAUAAUUAAACAUGUCUUUCAAUGAAGUCUCUUAAAUU